UUACAAUAAACCAUUCACUUUAAAAGCACAAGUUUUUUUUUUACACGCACCCGCAAUUUUUAAAAAUAAAAAUUAAAGUUCAUGAAAAAAUAAUAAACCGGCGACGAUUCGCAUAAAAAUAAAAAAAAAAAAGAAGUAAUAAAAUAAAAAUUUACUUUUAUCAUACUUGUACUUAAUAUAUAUUAAAGUAAACGCCAGUUUAAUUGUAAUCUCAACAAAUGAGUUUUUACGACGCUAUAAAUUACGUAGUAUUUACUAACCCAUUGAGUUCAACUGCUGGAUCAUUAGUUAGAUCAACAGCAGAUGCUAUUGUCAGUUAUUCUGGAAUAACUCCCAAAGUUGAAUACAAAAUGAUCCCACCAGAACCUCUGUGGAAAUUAGCAGCAUCGUCUGGACCGUUUAUAAGACUUGCUGGUAUUAAUGGAGCCGCUGCUGUUAUUCUUGGAGCUUAUGGCGCUCACAGAAAGUUUUCAGAUGAUAAUUUAAAACAAGUAUUCGAAACAGCAAAUCGUUAUCAUUUUUAUCACGCGCUUGCCAUGCUGGGUUUAUCACUUUGUCGGGCGCCGAUGGUGACUGCCGCAUUCUGGUUAUCCGGAACGAUGAUGUUCAGCGGAAGCUGUUAUUUUUACGCGUUUACUGGAGAUAAACGUUUAAGCAAAAUAACUCCAUUUGGCGGCACGUGUUUCAUCCUCGGAUGGCUGACCAUGUGCAUUUAAAUGUCACUUAUACUUAUCAAUUAAAUAAAUAUAUGUAAUAAAAGCUUGUAUUUAAAGAGGAUAAAUAGGCGUAUUAAAAAUAUUUUGUUUAAAAUAUAAUUAUAUAAAUUUUCAUAGUUUAUUAAUUAUUAUUUCCAGGAUAAAAGAAAUAUAAUUGUUACCUUUUUUAUAUUUGUUUAAUUUAAAUUUAAAAAAUUAUCAUAACACAGUAAGUUUAAUAACAAAAUAAUAAAGCAAAUUAACAUCGUCAGACGUUAAAAGAUGAUUAAUGUAUCAUGGCAAAGUGUUUAAUUAUUAAAUAAAAGUAAUUAUAAAAUA